AUGUUGUUUGGCCUCCUUAGACCCGUCACAAGAUCAGCGUCGACUGUGAGUCACUGUCACUGCAGCCCAUCGGCCUCCGCCCCCUUGCGGUGCGCGGGUGGGGCCCAACCUUCAGCCUGAGCGUGUCUUGCUUGUGCUGAACAGUGAACACCCUCAUCCCGUCCAUCCGAUGAUGGCCCACACAGGUUGUUCGCUCUAUCUACACCACAAGAAGCACUGCACUGCAAUCGUCAAGGAGAACUUAUGCCACCCCUUCCAGCGCUGUAAGCAUUACCGAGCCUGCAGAUUCGUACAACAGUACUUGACGCAGAUCAAGGAGGGGUGCAUUCUAUACUAGAAACUUGCUGGAGGAACGAGUGGCUUGACAACUCCGAUCACUAUCGUCUUGGCACUCGGGGGAGGAGCAUUCCUUUACACCGCAUGUCAGUCUGGGGAGUCUCGGCAUCCGUAGAGGAGGAAACCCCCUAUUUCCUGAGCGUGACAACAGAGGCUGAAGCUUUCCGCGUGACUCGAACAGAUGUGAAAGAGGAGGAGUUGAUCCAUCCGCACCUUCCUAGCAAGGACAUCAUGGAAAUGACUCAGAGCGAACAAGUCGAUCUGGUGAAACACUGGAAGGCCGGCCAUGAGAAGCGUGAGUGUUCGAAACUGAGCCCUGUAGUGUCACGACUUUGUCACCAUCGAUCAAGUCUCGACACCUUCUUUGUACCUCAGUACUUGUUCGCUUUCUAAAACUUAUCAAUCUCGUCUCCUUUGCAGGCGUGGCGCUCGAACGGGCACACAAAGCUGCGCUAGACAAAGAAUUGGCCCGAAUCGAAGAAGCACACCCUGGAGCCCUCGAACGCCGCAAGGAAUGCGAGGAACGGAGAGCCAAGAUCAAGGCCCAUGAGGUUAUGUUGAUGCAGCACCGUCAUGCCGAAGGAUGCCCGCACAUGGGAGGGAAGAUGCAGAGUUGGGCUGAGAGGAAGCGCGCUCAGGUAAGCUUUUGGCGGUUUGGCCAACCCCGAGAGCGACCGAACUGAAUGGCACUCACUGAUCGCUGAUACCUCGUCAUCAUGGUACAGGCGGCGGAAGAUAUCAAGACAGAUUCCAAGAUGGAAGCGCUGCAAAAGAAGCUGGAGGAGCAAGGCGUCAAAUUCUAG